AUGGCUGAUGCAGAUGUAUUGGACUUCAAGAGGUUGUUAUCAUACCACCACUGGUGUUUUGCUUGGUACAGUUUCCUGAACCUUCUUGACAUAAAGUAUGAAGAAGGUUUUUGUUGUGCCAUCUGUGGCAAAGAUAACAGUCUGCACUUUGUCAUUUGUGAUGCUAAAGCACUAUCCUUCAGACAAGAGCUUUGUACUUCUCUGAAGUCUACUUAUUCAUCACAGAGUCCAUCCACUGAACCACGAGAAACAGGAAGAUAAGUUGCUAUUUAUGCUUAUGUUUUUUUUUAAAAAUAUUUUAUGCAUCAUUUAUCUUAUUAUUUUGGUUCCCAUUAUGAUUCAAGGAGUUCUAUUUUAGAAUGUGAGCAUGAUAUAAUAUAUUAAUCUGUCAAUGCGAAGACUAUGACUUGAUUCAGUUUGAUUACCGAUUAAUAUAAUAAUUUUAAAUAUUUUUAAUCCUUCACCUUGGGCUGGCACCUUGUCGUGGUGGUGAAGCUUGUGUGUCUCAUUUACCCUGCAAAGACCUUGGAAUGAGGUCUUCUUUCUGGAUCAGGUGAGGGGUUGAGACCAGACUAAGACCAGCUCCAGUUCCUUCUACAUUCCACUGGGAUAGACUUUGAAUGUGUCUAAAUAUCGCCUGUUUUUAUUUGCCUUAUUUGUAGAGAUCUGCAUUUAGGCUAACUAAUUAAUAUUUUAUGACAUCACUAGGCAUCGUGACAGGGUUUACCUUGCUGAAAAACAUGUGAGGCAGAUGGUGGAUCAAGUAGACCGUGAUGUUAGCAAGGUUACAUUACACAGUAAUGACCUCUUUACAGCUGGAGUUGCAGCGUUGUGCACCUGCCUUGGGUAGUUUUCUUUCCUGGAACAUUUCGUUCUGUAGAUCUGAUGUCUCUUUUCCAACACCCAUCACUGGACUUUUCAAUGCAUUAGGAAAAGCUUCCCCGGUGUGUGCACUUCUCCCCCAAUUGGACUCCUUGGAAACAUUUUACCGCAGACUCAUCGGCAACGGACCAGUCGAGCAGUGUCCUGAAGACAUGCUUCUACUCCAGCAAACUUUUCUCCUCCUGUUUAACAUAGUUAGCAUUGUCGAGGGAGAUCAGCUUCUUGAGACCUUGAAUAAAGGGGUAAGUUUCUAAAGAAACUGUGGUGCUGCGUUGGUGGGAGAGUAUAGCAGGUAAUUAAGUGUUAACAACUGGUUUGAAAACGUAAAUUAGCUACCGUAAAGGGUAAAAAAGCUGACGUUUCGAGCGUUAGCCCUUCGUCAGAGCGAUUAGAGGAAUUGUGGGUCGUGUGUGGAUUUAUAUGCAGAAAGUGUAGCUACGCCAUUGGUGGGAAUAUGGUGACGAGAAAACAGGAAUAAAUUAGUUGAAUGAAAAGCGCUCGUUGAUUCCGUGGGGAUUAAGGGUGCCGAUUUGGAAUAUAAAUUUUUGUUCUAGUGUUUUACGGCUUUCCGAACUGCCUAGAUGUAAGGAAAGGCCGCAAACUGCCAUAUGCUGUUUAGAAUGAUUAGGAAGAUUAAAGUGUCUAGCGACUGGUUUGGAUGCGUCCUUGUCAUUUCUUUCCACAUCGCGAAGGUGUUCUCGGAAUCGAUCACCCAGUCGUCUUCCUGUUUCGCCGAUGUAUAACUUAUUGCAAUAAGUGCAAGUUAUGCAGUAAAUAACAUUGGCGGAGGUUCACGUAAAGUGAUCAAUGAUCUUAAUGAAUCUUUUGGGUCCCGAUAUUUUCUCUACGUUAUGAAUGAAAGGACAAGUUUUGUUAACACUUAAUUACCUCUUGAGACCUUGACUGCAUUUAUUACUGACCUGUUGGAAAAAGGAAAGUCUCCGUUCAGCAGAAAUGGAUCAAUACCAGAUGCUGUGCAACUGGAUGUACACCGCACAUACGAUGUAGAUACUAUCCUUGCCUGCCUGUGGUAAGAAGUCGUGGUGACUAUUGCCUAGAUGACACAACUCCAAACAUCUGCGCAAAGAGGAGUACUCGACACCCAUCCUUACUUCCUGGAGUUUUCUUAGUGCACUGUAAACACGGUACAAUAAUGUUAUGA